CUGCGCAUGUGCUACAGGCACCUGGGUAGCGGGACGGGCGUCCACGCAGGCGCACUCGUGGCCGCCGGGAGGGCUUCCUCCUCCCUGCCACCGCCAUCACCAUGGCCGCGCCGGCCCCCCGCCUCAUCUCUGUCUUCUCGAGCCCGCAGGAGCUGGGUGCGUCGUUGGCGCAACUGGUAGUGCAGCAGGCAGCAUGCUGCCUGGCGGAUGCCGGCGCCCGCUUCACGCUCGGCUUGUCCGGCGGCAGCCUUGUCUCCAUGCUGGCCCGCGAGCUGCCCGCUGCCGCCGCCCCCGCUGGACCCGCUAGCCUCGCGCGCUGGACGCUGGGCUUCUGCGACGAGCGCCUUGUGCCCUUCGAGCACGCCGAGAGCACGUACGGCCUGUACCGGACCCACCUGCUUUCCAAGCUCCCUAUCUUCGACAGCCAGGUGAUCACCAUCAACCCUGCGUUGCCUGUGGAGGAGGCGGCUGAGGACUACGCCAAGAAGCUGAGACAGGCCUUCCAAGGGGACUCCAUCCCGGUUUUUGACCUGCUGAUUCUGGGUGUGGGUCCUGAUGGCCACACCUGCUCACUCUUCCCAGACCACCCCCUUCUGCAGGAGCGGGAGAAAAUUGUGGCCCCCAUCAGUGACUCUCCAAAACCACCUCCGCAGCGUGUAACCCUCACUCUUCCCGUGCUGAACGCAGCUCGAACGGUCAUCUUUGUGGCUACAGGAGAAGGCAAGGCAGCUAUUCUGAAGCGCAUUUUGGAGGACAAGGAGGAGAACCCGCUCCCCGCCGCACUGGUCCAGCCCAGCACUGGGAAACUUUGCUGGUUUCUGGACGAGGCAGCAGCCCGACUCCUGACCGUGCCCUUCGAGAAGCAUUCCACUUUGUAACCCGUGCCGAGAGAUGCCACAGCUGCUACUAUGUGCAGCCCCAGUGGCCUGGGACCUUCUGGGGCUGGGCCCACUGCCAGCCCACUCCAGGCUUUAUUUUAGAAAAGCCGAGUGGUGCCACUGGAAGCUGUAGGGUCUGGCCACCAGGCCCGCCCAGGGGCUUAGCCCAUAGGCCGUGGCUCUGGGUGAGUCAUAUUAAAAGGAGCAUCUGUUUGAAGUGUC